GUGGGAGCGUGGCGGCCGGGCCGGGCCGAGCGGGGCCGGGCCGAGCGGGGCCGGGCCGGGGAGAUGUUCGUGGCGCGCAGCAUCGCGGCGGAUCACCGCGACCUCAUUCACGAUGUCUCCUUCGACUUCCACGGGCGGCGCAUGGCGACGUGCUCCAGCGACCAGAGCGUCAAAGUCUGGGACAAAAGUGAAAAUGGGGAUUGGCAUUGCACUGCCAGCUGGAAGACACAUAGUGGAUCUGUGUGGCGUGUGACAUGGGCUCAUCCUGAAUUUGGGCAGGUCCUGGCUUCCUGCUCUUUUGAUAGAACUGCAGCUGUAUGGGAAGAAAUAGUGGGAGAGUCAAAUGAUAAACUCCGAGGACAGAGUCACUGGGUAAAGAGGACAACUCUAGUGGACAGUCGGACAUCUGUUACGGAUGUUAAGUUUGCUCCCAAGCAUAUGGGUCUUAUGCUAGCGACUUGUUCAGCAGAUGGAGUUGUAAGGAUUUAUGAAGCUCCAGAUGUGAUGAAUCUCAGUCAGUGGUCACUGCAGCAUGAAAUCUCAUGUAAACUAAGCUGCAGUUGCAUUUCUUGGAAUCCUUCAAGCUCUCGAGCUCAUUCUCCAAUGAUAGCUGUAGGAAGUGAUGACAACAGUCCAAAUAUAUUGGCUAAGGUUCAAAUUUAUGAAUAUAAUGAAAACACCAGAAAAUAUGCAAAAGCAGAAGCUCUUAUGACAGUCACAGAUCCUGUACAUGAUAUUGCAUUUGCUCCAAACCUAGGAAGAUCCUUCCACAUCUUAGCUGUAGCAACCAAAGAUGUACGAAUUUUCACGCUAAAACCUCUAAGGAAAGAACUAACUUCUUCUGGAGGAUUAACAAAAUUUGAAAUUCACAUUGCGGCUCAAUUUGAUAAUCACAACUCCCAGGUCUGGCGAGUGAGCUGGAAUAUUACAGGCACAGUGCUUGCUUCCUCUGGUGAUGAUGGCUGUGUUAGGCUAUGGAAGGCUAAUUAUAUGGACAACUGGAAGUGCACUGGUAUAUUGAAAGGUAACGGGAGUCCAGUCAAUGGUAGUUCUCAGCAGGGAAUUUUUAAUGCCUCUCUAGGUUCGGCCAGUACAAGCCUACAGAAUUCACUGAAUGGAUCAUCUGCUGGCAGAAAGCAGAGCUGAUACCAAGCUAACUGGAGUAACUUUGGUGUUUUGCUGCUUGUUGCAUGCACACAGGAAUGGAAAACGAUCUCCUUUUUUCCCUCCCCAACGCCGUUUGACCUCUCCCAAGACACCAGCAGCCAGCUAACUACUAAACGCAAUUCAAAAGGCCUUUCUUAAACACAUUGUAUACUUUUUUUUUGUACUAGCCAACACAGUUUGAUACUGUUGGAACUUCUGAUAGAAAAACAGAGAGGCUCCUUGUGGAAAAAAUUCUAUCAAAACAGUUUUUUGGAAACUUAAAGUGAAAUUAAAAGGCUAGUUCAGUAAUAAAUAUGAGAAUUUUUUUUUUGCCCAUGAUUGGGAUGGGAGGACGGAAGUGACCAUUAAAAGAAUUUUCAUUUAAAUUGUUUAGAUAACUGAUUGUUUUACAUCUCGUAGUGUUUAAUAUCCGAUUAAGGUUCCCAAACAUCACGACUUUGUAACUGCUUUGUAAUAUAUGAAACUGUAGUUAUAAAAGGAUAAAAAAGGGGUGUGCUUUGACAGCUAUACAGACAGUAGCUUUUAAUAGUUUGGUAUUGCUUCAUUUAUAACUUAGUACAACUUCAAAUGUUUUGUAAGUACUGUCAUACUUGAUUCAUCCUAGCUAACUAAGAGUACUUCUUCUAAUAUGUAUUUGUACAUUUCUGUGACAGUGAUUCCAUGGAGUAACUAAAAUUCUGAGCAUAGUAUCUUAAAAAAAUGCAUGCAUUUGAGCCAUACAAAAAUUGAAAACCAAAAUGCAGCUUGAUGUGGAUUGUCCCAUGAUUUUAUUAAUCACAUAAUGUUCCUUUCUGUAAGUCCACAGAACUGUAACCUUUAGAAAAGAAAAACCUUUAGUAUCUGAAAAUUAUACUAAAAUGCACAAGUAUUACGGGUAAAAUGGCAGAAAGGUGAUGUGAAAUGGCAUAAUUCUGAGCCUUGCAUUUACCAGAAAAAUUUUCUGAGGGUUUUGCAGAAAUAUGUAAAUACGUACAACAACUGUAUUUCAUUGGAAGUAGCUAUUCUCUGUAAAUGUAUAUUAUUAAAUUUAAAGUAUUGUAAAAACAAAAUGAUGGUUUUUACGUCUAUUCUAGAAGUGCUGUGAACUUAAUCUGAAUUAGAUGCUUAUGCAAAAAAUGUACUUGCAUAAUAUUUAAUGCAACUUUUGUUGCAUCUUUUGUUGCAAAUGAAGCGUUACUAAAAGUUCUGUUAACAAAUCACAGGAAUUCUGGGAGAGUGAAAGCAGGUUAAUAGUUGUGCUACAGAAUCUCUUCAAUUUCCAAAACAACCUAUUCUUUAGUAAAGUGUAUGUUAGGAUUACUUUUGCAGUAGGAUUACUUGUACAAUAUUCUUUUCUAUGAACUUCAGUGGAAAAGAUUGUACUUUUCAUUUAGAGAACAGCUUCCAGAAUUGUCUUGUUUUGAAUUACAGCCUUGAUUUCUGCUAUUAUGUUCUAUUGGUUUUAGCAUGGAUAUACUAAAGCAUUUUAUUUAUUUUUUUUUCCAGCAUGUCUUUUCUCCCCUUUAGUUCUCCUUGUAUUUACUACCUUUCUCUUUUUCUUCUGUUUUUUGUUUUGUUUUGGUGUUUUGUUCCUGUCUUAAC